AGUCGCGAAGGCCGAACCGAGGCAGGGGCGCCAUGAGUGACGAAGGUCGCGGAGGCAGGGGCGGCGGCGACUGCACCAUCGGUUCGGCCGUUUCGGUGCUGGCCGAGCUCGACUGGGACGAUGGGUUCGCCAUCCCCAUGGCUAGCGAGGAAAACAAGGCGCUGGAGGAAGAGCUGCAAACAUUGCAAAAGGAAAAGGAAAAUUUGCAAAGUCAGUUGACUGACUACGAAGACCGUAUUACAGCAAUGACCUCACAUUUGAAAAAUGUCAAACAGGAGUUUGAUUUGACACAAUCUCUUUUCAGAGCCAGGCAGAAUGAAAUCGAAACUGAGCAGCAUUUUAAAGCUGUUGCAGAGAGAGAAGUGGGCCGCUUGAAGACUGAGAUUCAAAAGCUGGAAAGUGAUUUGGUUUCACUAAGAGAGAAGAAAAAUAGUCAGGAAAAUAAUGUUUUCAAGCUGAGUCAGAAACUGGAGGCCUUAAGGUGCCAAAUGAACUGGGACCAACAGGCUUUAGAGGCUUGGUUGGAAGAGUCUGCUCGCAAAGACAACGAUGCACUUACAAUCCAGAAAUAUGCACAGCAAGAUGAUGGAAAAUUACGAAAAUUGACUCUACAGAUCGAGAUGCUGACAGUUCAGUGUAAUAAUAGACACAGAACCCUUGACAAUGAACUUACAGAAACCUUAGCUGCUCAGAUCGAAUUGGACAAAACAGCUGAAGACUUCCGCAGGGUUCAUAACGAAAGACAAAACCUUAUCCAGCAGUGGGAAAACACUAUAGAACAAAUGCAGAAAAGGGACCAAGAAAUAGAUAACUGUGCCUUGCUUCUAGCACAGGCAAGAAGGGCAAUCCGUGCAAAGGAACGUAUGCUUAAAGACAAAGUGCAAUUUUUGGCGAAUGAGAGUGGGAACAAUGUGGAGUUUGAGAAGAGAAUUUCCAUUGCUGAUCGACAAGCUGCCAAACUGAGACUAGAAUACCAGACAGAGGAGAAUAACAGAAAUUUUCUCCAAAACGAGCUGGAUACACUGAAAGCUACUGUGGAUGGAACAGCUUCUGAACUAGAAUCAAUGAGAACCAAUGUAGCCAAUCUUAAGAAAGAAAUCCAGGAGAAAAGUUUAAGGCUAAACUUGAUUAAGGACCAGAAUGGUACUCUUACAAAUAAAUUGAAAUUUGUGAUACACCAAGCAUUAAGCGUAGAAGAAAAAGCAUGCAAAAUGGAGGAACUACUGAAAGAGAAAGAAAAAAAUGUGAAGGAGAAAGAGGCACAGGCAUUGCAACUGAGAGAUGCACAUUUCAAGAAAACAAAGGAGUUGAAAACACUUGAGGAAAAUGAAAAGGGUGUCGUGUCGCUAAUGGAAGGACAUUGCGGGCAGAAAAAAAACCUUCAGAGCCGAUUAUUGCGACUGGAUAUAGAAGCACUUCACCAGCAAGAACUCAUGUAUAAUCAAGAUUUUUACAUACAGCAAGUGGAGAGAAGGCUGUCACGCUUGCAGGGGGAACUUAACACAGACGAGAAGCAAAUUUUAGAGGCCAGAGUUGCUGAACUAGUAAAGCUGUUGGACGAAAAGAACCAGGCACACAAUACUUUACAAUCACAGCAGAAGAAACUUCAGAGUGAUAUCCAUUUUAUCAAAUUGGCCAUAGGUAAAACCGGAGAAGAAAUGGCUGGCUUGAAAACUAGAGCGGAUGAGAUAAACCUUUUCAUGGACAAAUCAGAAAAGUUAUUAAAAAAAGCCAGAGCAGAUAAGCAGGAUUUGAUGAUUGAAGACAAUCUCUUAAAGCUGGAACUGAAACGUGUAAGAGAUACGCUGUACAAUAAGGCAGAGCAAGUUCUCUCACUUGAGAAACGGAAACAGCAGUUAAAAACAGCAAUGGAGGAGAGAACUGCUGAUAUCAAAGUUCAUAAAGAAAUGAUCGAGACUCAGAUACGACUCAUAGAGCAGGAGCGUCAGACUCUGAGUACAGAAUUUCACGAGCGACUGAGUAAAAUUGAGAAACUGAAAAGCAGGUAUGAAAUUAUUACCAUUGUCAUGAUGCCUCCAGAAGGAGAAGAGGAGCAAACUCAGGCUUAUUAUGUUAUUAAGGCUGCUCAGGAGAAGGAAGAUCUUCAGCGUGAAGGAGAUACCUUGGAUGCAAAGAUCCAAAAAGCUGAGAAAGAAUGUAUAGCCCUAGAAAAUACUCUGCAUGUACUUAAUAACUGUAACAGCAACUACAGGAACUCAUUCAAGCAAGUUGUAGAGAAAAGUGAAGAAUAUGAAGAGAAUAUGAAGCUGGAAGAAGAGAAGAGAGCUGCUGAUGAGAAACAUCGAUAUAAGCGAAGACAGAUCAAGGAGCUUCAAGAGGAUAUUCAGACCAUGCAAAAUAAUUUUGAUACUCUUUUGAAAGAUGAGUCUCUCCUCCAUGACAAAAUAAAAGAUAAACAAGCAAGUAUUUUGAAAUUAACCAGAGAAAUAGAUGAUCAGAAGCCCAGACUAGAAAGAGUCUCAAAGCAGGUUACCCGGUUACGCAGAGAAAUCCGAACACUUAAGAGUGCUCAGUCAGAAACACAAGAAGAAAAAGACAUUGAACUUCGUGCACUGAAAGACUUCAACAAACACAUAGACAAAAUGCUGCUUGACAUAUCAGAAGCACAUCCAGAGUUACAUCCAUCCUUUCAGGAAUACUUUUCACAGGCUUUAUUACACCCUCCUACAGUUUCUUCUUCUCGCAUGAGUUCUCGAUCAUCUGUUUACAGCUCAUCUUCCAGCACGUCCUUUAAGAGCACAGUUUCAUCUUCAAGUCAACCACGUAUUAAGGUCCUAUCUCUGACUUUGAGUCCCAGCCCUGAACCUAAAGGUCCAGUUCUUUCUCGUCCUUCUAGCCGGAGUAGUGCCACCGCAUCCUCUCAUAGCAGAAGCCCAGAUUAGUUUUUUUUCUGUUGCACUCAAAAGUUUUUAAGAAUUCAGAAAGUUAUCUGCUAAGCUGCAACAUAUGUUUGACUACACAACAAAAAUUAACUUGUGUGAUAGUAAAUGAGUUAUUUUCAUUUGGAGUAA